ACAGAGUAGGUUAUAUUUGAUGUUCUGUGGGCAAUUCUAGCUGUAAUUUUAAUUUCUUUCUCCCUUGUAAUAUUUGAGUGAUAUCGAUAAUCUAAAAAUGGCUAACAAAAAUAAAAUAGAAAAAGUUGCAUAUAAUGAGUUAGCUAUAAGAUACAACCUUUCUCAGGUAGAAUAUGUAAGAACUUCAAUGGCAGCUUUGUCAGGAUGUACUGCUGGACUUCUAGGCCUGACAGGUUUAUAUGGAGCCACCUUUUACAUAUUUGCUGUUACAAGCCUUUGGCUGAUGGUGCUUUUCAAAGCAGGUUCCAAAACAUGGAAGAACUAUUUUAUUUCACGUAAAGGAUUAUUAACAAAUGGAUUUUUUGGACAUUUAUUCACGUAUAUUCUUUGUUGGACAUUUAUAUAUGGAAUGGUUCAUGUUUAUUGAAAGAAUUUCAAGCUUGUAUGAGAGUUAUGUAUUUCAAUUGUCAAGUGUAACUGUCCAGGAUGAGUUAUCAUGGAUAUUGGUUUUACAUAUAAUUAAGAUUUACCUUAAUUUCAUUGAACAGAAAUGUUAAAAAACUUUG